UCCCUUUCCCUGCGGGACCGGAAGUGGGCGGCACCGGAAGCCGCUCUGCCCGCCGCGGCCUCCUGAACUCGUCUGCUCCUCCGCAACCGCGGUGGCGGCGGCCUCCAUUUUGCCUCCGAGGGAGAGCCUCUCCUCCUCGCCGCCUCGAAGGCCAGGCCGGCUGUAAACUCAGAAGACCUUCCUCUCCGUCUCUUUGGUCUGGUUCUCCUCUGUCUUCCCUGGAAGUUUGACUUAACCACCUGCGGCCAUGUCUGACUUUGUGGAGAGUGAAGCCGAGGAAUCUGAGGAGGAGUACGAUGAAGAAGGAGAAGUUGUUUCCAAGCCAACCAAGAAAUUUACGGAGGAUGAAGACGAGGAGGAGGAGGAUGACAACCCGGACGACCAGGAUGAGCAAGGCAACUUGAAAGGGUUUAUUAAUGAUGACGACGAUGAGGAAGAAGAGGAGGAAGAAGAAGGCAGCGAUUCAGGGGACUCGGAGGACGACGUCGGUCGUAAAAAGAGGAAACGCAAUUUCGAUGACCGCCUCGAGGAUGAUGACUUUGACCUCAUUGAGGAGAACUUGGGCGUCAAAGUUAAACGGCAAAAGUUCAGGCGAGUACGGAAGAUGUCGGACGAUGAGGACGAUGAAGAGGAGGAUUUGGGGAAGGAGGAGCAUGAGAAGGAGGCCAUUGCCGAAGAGAUCUUCCAGGACGGGGAAGGCGAGGAGGGGGGUGAAGCUACGGAAGGCCCCGUUGCUGCCGCUGAGGAAGAUGAGGAGGAGGAGGAAGAUGAGUCUGACAUCGAUGACUUCAUUGUAGAUGACGAUGGGCAGCCCCUGAAGAAGCCCAAAUGGAGGAAGAAACUGCCUGGCUACACAGAUGCAGCCCUGCAAGAAGCUCAGGAGAUUUUUGGUGUAGACUUUGACUAUGAUGAGUUUGAGAAAUACAAUGAAUACGACGAGGAGAUGGAGGACGAGUAUGACUACGAGCCUGAAGAGACCGAAGGGGAGAUCCGGGUCCGACCCAAGAAGACCACCAAGAAGCGGGUCAGCCGGCGCAGCAUUUUUGAGAUGUAUGAGCCCAGUGAGCUGGAGAGCAGCCACUUGACGGAUCAGGACAACGAGAUCCGGGUGACCGACAUGCCUGAAAGGUUCCAGUUGCGCUCUAUCCCUGUGAAGAAUGCUGAGGAUGACGAGUUGGAAGAGGAGGCCGACUGGAUCUACCGGAACGCUUUUGCCAUGCCCACCAUCUCCCUGCAGGAGAGUUCGGACUACUUGGACCGAGGCCAGGCCAGCAGCAGCUUCAGCCGCAAGGGCCCCAGCACCAUCCAGAAGAUCAAGGAAGCCCUGAACUUUAUGAGGAACCAACACUUUGAGGUUCCCUUCAUCGCCUUCUACAGGAAGGAAUAUGUGGAGCCCGAGCUGCAUAUCAGUGACCUGUGGCGAGUUUGGCAGUGGGAUGAAAAGUGGACCCAGCUGAAGAUCCGUAAGCAGAACCUGACCCGCCUGUUUGAGAAGAUGCAGGCCUACCAGUAUGAGCAGAUCUCAGCUGAUCCAGACAAGCCUCUGGCUGAUGGAAUAAGAGCCCUGGACACAACUGACAUGGAGAGGCUGAAGGAUGUCCAGUCCAUGGAUGAGUUAAAGGACGUCUACAACCACUUCCUCCUCUACUACGGCCGAGACAUUCCCAAGAUGCAGAAUGCAGCGAAAGCCAACCGCAAGAAGCAGAAGCGAGUCCGGGAGGAUGGCGAGGAGGAGGAAGGUGAGGGAGAGGAUGCUGAAGAUGAUGAGCAGAAGGGGCCGGAGCUGAAGCAGGCCUCCCGUCGGGACAUGUACACCAUCUGCCAGGCGGCUGGCCUAGACGGCCUGGCAAAGAAGUUUGGGCUGACGCCUGAGCAGUUUGGUGAGAACCUGCGGGACAGUUAUCAGCGCCACGAGACGGAGCAAUUCCCAGCAGAGCCCUUGGAGCUGGCAAAGGAUUAUGUCUGCAGCCAGUUCCCCAACCCUGAGGCCGUUCUGGAAGGGGCCUGCUACAUGGUGGCCCUGCAGAUUGCCCGGGAGCCCUUGGUCCGGCAGGUGCUGCGCCAGACCUUCCAGGAGAGGGCCAAGAUCAACGUCUCCCCAACCAAGAAGGGCAAAAAGGAUAUCGAUGAGGGCCAUUAUGCCUACACCUUCAAGUACCUGAAGAACAAACCAGUCAAGGAGCUGCGGGAUGACCAGUUCUUGAAGAUAUGCCUGGCCAAAGACGAGGGCCUCCUUGCCAUUGACAUCUGCAUCGACAUGAAGGGCGUUGAGGGCUACGGCAGUGACCAGACCUAUUUCGAAGAGAUCAAGCAGUUCUACUACCGCGAUGAGUUCAGCCACCAGGUGCAGGAGUGGAACCGGCAGCGCACCUUGGCCAUCGAAAGGGCCCUCAACCAGUUCCUCUACCCGCAGAUGGCCAAGGAGCUGAAGAACAAGCUGCUGGUGGAAGCCAAGGAGUUUGUCAUCAAGAUCUGCAGCCGGAAGCUGUCCAAUUGGCUCAAAGUGGCUCCCUAUCGCCCGGACCAGCAGGUGGAAGAAGACGAUGACUUCAUGGAUGAAAACCAAGGGAAAGGCAUCCGUGUGCUGGGCAUCGCCUUCUCCUCUGCCAGAGACCACCCUGUCUUUUGUGCCCUUGUGAACGGGGAAGGGGAGGUGACGGAUUUCCUGCGCCUGCCUCACUUCACCAAGCGGAGGAACGCCUGGCGGGAAGAAGAAAGGGAGAAGAAGGCUCAGGAUAUUGAAACACUGAAGAAGUUCCUACUCAGCAAGAAACCCCACGUGGUCACGAUUGCUGGAGAGAACAGGGAUGCCCAGAUGCUGAUGGAGGAUGUGAAGCGCAUCGCCCACGAACUGGACCAAGGGCAACAGCUUUCCUCCAUCGGGGUGGAACUGGUGGACAAUGAACUGGCCACACUUUACAUGAACAGCAAGAAAUCCGAGACUGAGUUCCGGGACUACCCGCCAGUCCUGCGCCAGGCCGUCUCCCUGGCUCGCCGCAUCCAGGACCCGCUGGUCGAGUUUGCCCAGGUCUGCAGCUCAGAUGAGGACAUCCUAUGUCUCAAGCUCCACCCUUUACAGGAGCAUGUGGUGAAAGAGGACCUGCUCAAUGCCCUGUACUGCGAGUUCAUCAACCAGGUGAAUGAGGUGGGGGUGGACGUCAACCGGGCCAUUGCCCACCCACACAGCCAGGCCCUUCUGCAGUACGUCUGUGGCCUCGGACCUCGAAAGGGCACCCACCUGCUCAAGAUCCUGAAACAGAACAAUACACGGCUGGAGAACCGGACCCAACUGGUCACCAUGUGCCACAUGGGGCCCAAAGUCUUCAUCAACUGUGCCGGUUUCAUCAAGAUAGACACAGCCUCAUUGGGCGACAGCACGGAUUCCUACAUUGAGGUCCUUGACGGAUCACGGGUCCACCCUGAGACCUAUGAAUGGGCCCGCAAGAUGGCCGUUGACGCCCUGGAGUACGAUGAGUCAGCCGAGGAUGCCAAUCCGGCCGGUGCCCUGGAAGAGAUCCUGGAAAACCCAGAGCGUCUGAAGGACCUGGAUCUCGAUGCCUUUGCCGAAGAGCUGGAGAGACAGGGCUACGGUGACAAACACAUCACUCUGUAUGACAUCCGGGCCGAGCUGAGCUGCCGCUACAAGGACCUGCGGAACCCCUACCGCUCUCCCAACUCCGAAGAAGUCUUCAACAUGCUGACCAAAGAAACACCAGAGACUUUCUACAUAGGUAAACUGAUCAUCUGCAACGUGACAGGAAUAGCCCACCGGCGGCCGCAAGGGGAGAGCUAUGACCAAGCCAUCCGGAAUGACGAGACCGGCUUGUGGCAGUGCCCCUUCUGCCAGCAAGACAACUUCCCAGAACUGAGCGAGGUCUGGAACCACUUUGACAGCGGCUCCUGUCCCGGCCAGGCCAUUGGGGUGAAGACGCGCUUGGACAAUGGGGUGUCAGGCUUUGUCCCCACCAAAUUCAUCAGCGACAAAGUGGUCAAGCGUCCAGAGGAAAGGGUCAAAGUGGGGAUGACUGUCCACUGCCGGAUCAUGAAGAUAGACAUUGAGAAAUUUAGUGCCGAUUUGACCUGCCGAACAACAGACUUAAUGGACAAGAACAAUGAGUGGAAGCUGCCAAAGGACACCUACUACGACUUUGACGCCGAGGCCGCUGACCACAAGCAGGAGGAAGAGCUGAAGCGGAAACAGCAGCGAACGACGUACAUCAAGCGGGUGAUUGCCCACCCGUCCUUCCACAACAUCAACUUCAAGCAGGCGGAGAAGAUGAUGGAGACCAUGGACCAAGGGGACGUCAUCAUCCGCCCCAGCAGCAAAGGGGAGAACCACCUGACGGUCACCUGGAAGGUCUCCGACAACAUCUACCAGCAUGUGGACGUGCGGGAGGAAGGCAAGGAGAACGCCUUCAGCCUGGGCUCCACCCUCUGGAUCAACACAGAGGAGUUUGAGGACCUGGAUGAGAUCGUGGCCCGCUACGUCCAGCCCAUGGCGUCUUUUGCAAGAGACCUCCUCAGCCACAAAUACUACCAGGAUUGCAACGGGGGAGACAGGAAGAAACUGGAGGAGCUCCUGAUCAAAACCAAGAAGGAGAAGCCCACCUUCAUCCCCUACUUCAUUUGCGCCUGCAAAGACCUCCCUGGCAAAUUUCUGCUGGGCUACCAGCCACGCGGCAAACCAAGAAUUGAGUACGUCACAGUUACACCUGAAGGGUUCCGGUACCGGAAUCACAUCUUCCCCACAGUCAAUGGGCUUUUCCGGUGGUUCAAAGAUCACUACCAGGACCCUGUGCCAGGAGUCACCCCCAGCAGCAGCAGCCGGACUCGAACGCCCGCCUCUCUCAACGCAACUCCGGCUAACAUUAACCUGGCAGAUUUGACCCGGGCUGUCAAUGCCCUCCCGCAGAACAUGACCUCCCAGAUGUUCAGUGCCAUCGCUGCCGUGACAGGCCAGGGGCAGAACCCCAACGCCACCCCUGCCCAAUGGGCCUCCAGUCAGUACGGCUACGGGGGAAGCGGUGGUGGAAGCAGUGCUUACCAUGUCUUCACAACUCCUGCUCAGCAGCCAGUGGCUACCCCUCUCUUGACUCCCAGCUACUCCUACACCACCCCCAGCCAGCCCAUCACGACGCCCCAGUACCACCAGCUACAGACCAAUACCACCCCCCAGUCCACCCAGUCCCAGCCGCCGUCCCAGCCUUCCUCCAGUUCCAGUCAAAGGCAGCCACAACCCAAAUCCAGCACCCACACCGCCAUCGACUGGGGCAAGAUGGCCGAACAGUGGCUCCAGGAGAAGGAGGCUGAGCGCCGGAAGCAGAAGCAGCGGCUGACCCCUCGCCCUUCUCCCAGUCCCAUGAUCGAGAGCACCCCCAUGUCCAUGGCUGGAGAUGCCACCCCGCUUCUGGAUGAGAUGGACCGGUAGUCCUCCUUGCCUGGCCGCCAGGAGAGCCAACGGAGACCGCCUCGUUGUGCUCUUGCCAGAGAGCCGCCUCGCUCCAUCUGCCUUGGUUUUGCUUUGUUUUCCCCUUAAAACUCUCUGAGAAGGGACGCUGGGCAGCGCUCUCUGGGUGCCAUGGAGACUUCAGACCCCGUCUCUGGCGGGGUCCCUACAGACUGGCCCCCCAUUUUGGCUUUGAGCUUUGCUCUCACGGCGGGUGUCCACUUGACCAGCUCCCCCCCGUUUCCAGAUCAAGGCUCUCUUUCAAGCCUCCUGCUGGGUCCGGGCUGCUCCCUCUGGGCAGGAAUGAGGUUUUGGAGGACGGGGAGGACUUUGCCAGCGUCUGGUGGGGAGAGGCCGGCCUUUUCUGUGAGUGUGGCUGUAUGUGUGCCUCCUUCUCUCUUUCUCUCCACUUCUCUUUGCGUUGUAUGUAUCGGGGGGGCUUUUGUGGGAGGAGAGCGCGGCGGCGGCGGCGGCCAUCAGCUCGGUUUCUUUGGCACUCUCUGGGACAAUAUUUAUUCAGUUGUAUUCCUUUAAAAAAGAAAGAGGAGCCAAAGGAGAAGAAAAGGCUGCAGAGCCGAACUCUGGGACAACAGCCGCUGUUGUGAGCCAGCUCUGGAGUGCGGUGGAGUGUGUGGCGGCGGCGGCUUGAAUGCCAAGUAGGGUCUCCCACCCAUGCUCCCCCCCCCCGACUUCGGCCCACUUGUAACAGCAACCGAGGGAAUAAAUAGUGUUUCUACUGAA